AUGCUAAAAAUUUACAAUUCAUUGACAAAAAAAUUAGAAAUUUUCAAUCCUAUAGAUCCUAAUAAUGUAAAAAUAUACAUCUGUGGUCCCACUGUAUAUGAUCACAGUCAUAUCGGACAUGCUCGUACGUAUGUAUCAUUUGAUGUUAUAAGAAAUAUACUUGAAAAAUAUUUUAAUUAUAAUGUUACCUUUGUAAUGAAUAUUACUGAUAUUGAUGAUAAAAUUAUUAAUAAAAGUAAAGAAACAGGCAUGUCUAUGAAAGAUAUAACUGUAAAAUAUACAAAUUUAUUUUUAGAAGACAUGGCACUUCUAAAUGUAAGAAAGCCCACUGUACUUACAAAAGUAACAGAAUAUGUUGAUAAAAUAAAGGAAUAUGUAAAGAUUUUAGAAAAUAACGGAUAUGCUUAUGAAAGUAAUGGUAGUGUAUAUUUUGAUGUGAUGGAAUACAAAAAGAAAUUUAAAUAUCCAAUAUUUAGAGAAGAAACUGUAAAUAAUCUUGGUGAUUCUCCUAACAUUCAGGACAAAAAAUCUCCUUUAGAUUUUGCACUGUGGAAAAAAGAUAAUUUAUUUGGAAGUGGUCGACCAGGAUGGCAUAUUGAAUGUUCGGUUAUGGCUAAUGAUGUAUUGGGAGAUUAUAUUGACAUUCAUGCAGGAGGGGUUGAUCUUAAAUUUCCGCAUCAUGAAAACGAAAUUGCACAAUGUCAAGCACGCUACCAGAAAAAACCAUGGGUUAAUUAUUUUAUGCACACAGGACAUUUAAAUAUUAACGGCCUGAAAAUGUCAAAAUCUCUUAAAAAUUUUACUACUAUAAAAAGUAUAUUAGAAAGAUGCACACCUAUUCAAUUACGUAUAUUAUUUUUAUAUCAUCAGUGGAAUAAAGAUAUGAAUUAUGAAGAAGAACAAAUAAAAUUUGCACAAAACGUUGAGAAGAAAAUAUUUAAUUUUUUUAUGUAUGUAAACAGUAUUAACAAUAUUAGUAAAAUUUAUAAUAAAAAUGAUAUAGAAGUAUUAGAUUUAAUAUCUAAAACUAGUAAAAUUGUCGAUGUGUCGUUUAGUAAUAAUUUUGAUACCCCUUCAGUUAUUAAAGCACUUCUAGAACUUGUGUCAUUUACUAACAGUAAAUUAGACUUAGUAAGUGCUUGUACUUUGUAUCAAGUAAGAGAUUUUGUUAAAAGAAUACUUGAUAUACUUGGGAUUAAUAAAGAAGAAAAAGUAAGAGAUGAAGAUAGUGAGAAUUUGGCAAAAUUAAUUAAUAUUUUUAGGAAUAAAAUUAGGAUGGCACUAAAAGAAGGUGUGAAUAAGAAGGACUUGUAUAAUAUUUGUGAUGAAGUUAGAGAUAAUUUGAAAGAUCUUGGAUAUGUUUUGGAAGAUAGUAAAUUAGAAACAUUAAUAAAAAAGUUAUAA